AUGGAUGAGAUAAGCGAUAGUGCUACCCUUGGUCUCAAACCGUUGGAGCUCCAGGACUACAACAGCAGUGCUGGUGGACUCUACCUAUUCGCUGGUCGCCUCAGCAAAUCCUCGCACGUGGAUUACAUCAAAGGUUACCUCACCUCUGCUUUCAGUCGCGAGUUCGUUCAGGCCGGAAGCCGCAGCAUGGUCUGCUCUGGUGAGCAGACGCAGACCGUGGAGAGCCGUGGCCGCAAGGAGUCCAGAUUGGGCAUGCUGCUGGGCCUCGACCGAUUUCCCAUUGCACUCCGGCACCCUCGCCGACUGAGGUGUGACACACCCAGCUGCGAUGUUCGCGACCCAGAAUUGUCCAUCAUCGAAGAGACCAUUCUCAGCACUUCAGAGACUUGCGAUCUGAGGAAGACUGCUAUCCCAAAAACUGCAGAUUCGGCGUUUGGGGCGAGUGGUCCGAGCCGUGGCAUGGCCGCAGAAAGAGAAAAGGGGAAGACUUUUGCGGUAACCGUCACCGCGUCAUUGCUCGACGCAGCAGUUGCGGCGGAAAGCCAUGCAGCGUUCUCGGACGGGUUGCGCUGCAGCAUUGAUGAAGUUGAUUGUACCAUCUCGGACUGGGACGACUGGAGUUUCUGCAUGAAGGAAACCGGAUAUCAGCGGCUGCGGCAGCGGACUAUCCUCGCUCAAGCUCAGAAUGGAGGUAAAGCUUGUGGCACCAGCUAUCCGGCACCUCCGCUGUCCUUGGAGGAGAUUGAGCCUUGUGAAGACUACUUGGCCUUGUCUGCAAAGAAUGACUGCAAGUUUAGCACCUGGCGCGAGUGGACAGAGUGCACCGCGAUCUGCAAUGGUGGGCUGAAGCACAGGAGCCGUGGGAUCCAAGUUCCACCUGCAGGAGGUGGCACACCUUGUGAGGGCAGCCUGGAGGAGCUGAUCCCCUGCAAUCGGGAGCCCUGUACAGAGAGCGCGGCGAGGGACUGCGAGCUUUCACCCUGGAGUGAGUGGAGCCACUGCGAUUCCCAUGACCAGCGGGAGCGCUACCGCAUAAUCGCAGAGGAGCCCUCAAAGGACGGAAAGCCAUGCAACGGCACCUUGAAGGAGAUCAAGCCCUGCACGGUUGCGGUGGACUGCAUCCUCAGCCCCUGGACUGAGUGGGAUAGUUGCGACAAGUCCUGCGAUGGAGGUCAGAAGCAGCGGCAGCGCCAGGUAGAAGUGAAUCCAAAGCACAGGGGCAAGCCAUGUGACCCUGGCUUGAUCGAAACGGCUGGGUGCAACCAUGAGCCAUGCUCAAAUGAAGAGGUCAAUUGCAAAGUCAGUAUCUGGACAGUGUGGUCGCCAUGCAGCGCCACUUGUGGACCUGGCUAUCAGGAGAGAUCUCGGAGAGUCACUCACAGGCUCAGCCACUGCGGCACGGGCUGUGUCGGCAACCUAAGCGAGGUCAAGGCUUGCCACCUCGACCAUUGCGGAAACUGCGACCCCUGCGUCUGGGGAGAAUGGAAGCAAUGGAGCGAAUGCACGCGGCACUGCGGCGGGGGUCAACGCCAUCGACUGCGCAACAUCUCAUCGUGGCCGUCUCCUGGAUGCGAGCCGUGCAAGCCGCUGGACAAGGCUUGGGUGGAGCCUUGCAAUACCGAGCCAUGCCCCGAAGGGGAGAUCUGCGUUGAUGGACUCUGGGCAGAGUGGAGGGACUGGGAGGAACUGGGACAGUUAAAGCAAGACCUUCGCCUCAAACCUUGCAACAAGGGCAUCCCUUGCAAGGAUACGCAGGAUUGCAUUCUCUCCGAGUGGACAAUGUGGUCCGACUGCAGUGCCUCAUGUCACGGAAUCAAGAAACGGAGCCGUACGGUCCUGCAGCAUGGCUAUGGAUCGGGACAAUACUGUCGCGGCGCCAUGGAGGAGGCGUAUCCUUGCGCGUAUGGCAUCUCCAGGAGUUUGGUCAACUGGGACAGCCCACACCUCUACCUCAAUCUUGCGGGUGUCUCGGCGAACAACCUUGGCGGCAAAGGCCCCGACUUCCAGGCCGAGAGGGAACUUCGCUUCAAGGGCGCCGCAGCAGACAACUCGCAGACCGUGGACCUGAGAGUCACUGUCGAUGAGGAGAGCAACUACAAUGCGGGGCAGGGCGUGAAGUUCAACGGUCUACAAGGGAGCUUCGGAAAUAUUUUCGUCGAGCGCAAUUCCGAAGUGGUGUUGAACUUCGAGCUCGUCGACACUGUCACCAGUGAUCCAAUGACACCCGAAGACCUUGUCAUCAAGUUCUUCGAUGCCGAUGACGAACAAGGGAGCAACAACUACGAGAUCACGGCCGUGGAUGAGUGCGAGGAGUUUUACAAUUCUCCAAACCCAGCUUUCACGGUCAUGGGCAGCUGUUCCACCCCAGGGCCCACCACCUUCUCGUACCCGGCUGUUAUCAACAGCUCAACUCGGCGCUCGGCACUCAACGCCUCUCGAGCCUCUCGAGGGCUGCUCUAG